AUGAAUAAGAUCUCAUCGAGUUUAGAUAUAGAAAGGAAAAAAAAGAGAGGCUGUUAUAGCAAGAACGGAUGUAGAGAAUGCAAAAGGAGAAAAAUUAAAUGUGAUGAAGGGAAACCUCAAUGUUGGCAAUGUGAACGAUUACGAAAGACAUGUACAUAUCCUGGUAUUGGCGAGAAGGUUAUGAGAGUAUCUAGAAGAGAAAUGAUGGAACCAUCUCAAGUCCAAGUGGCAUCGUUACAAGAGAAAGGGGGUAUUGAAAUAUAUAGUAUCAAUGAUGUUCGACUAUCACAAUCCAUGGAGAGAAAUUUUGCUUCCUCACUCAAUGGAAGUCGAGAAGCCGCAGUAGCACCCCAAGAGGACACUAACAUGAUAUACCCGUCGCCUACUUCAAUCCUGAAGCUCUUGAAUGAUAGCCAAAUACUGGUCUCUCAAAAUCAUUAUAAUUCUGAUCAUCCCAAUCAAAACCUGUCCCCCUCUGAUUCAUUGAAGUCAAAUAAUUCUUCAAGUAGAAAAAAUCACUCGAGUCACCUAUCAUCAUUUUCAUCAAAUAGGGAGGAUCUGUCGAUCUUUGGCGAUAAAAGCACACAUAAUGUUGAGAAGGAGACAACCAAAAGUGUCGAUUCCGAACUCUUUCAAGAUAUUAAUCAGGAAGAUCUAACCUUACUCGCUUCAGACUUAAAUAGCAUUGUCAACAAUAUGAUGCCAAAAUCGCACUUUGAGGACCGCAGUGCAGAAGAUAGUUUUAUUGACGACCUUUUUCUGAAUGAAGACGAAGCCCUGAAUUCCCACAACGAUUCUCCUCCUACAAAAAAUCUUGAUCGACAUGGUGAAGAGAAGGUCCUAGUCAGAAAUAUUCCUUUUGAUUACAUCAAAGUCAAGAUGAACCACGAAAAGUUAUAUCUCGAAGAAUUUUUCAAUGAUUUUGCAAAUAUUAUAUUACCAUUUAAUUCGUAUGACCAAAACUUAAAUUGCUAUUUCAACCCAGCUAGAGAUAUUUUGCUCGAUUGUGCCUCUCGUGAGUCUUUUCUUUUAGCUGCCGUUUUAGCUCAAGGUGCAAAGACGUGUUAUAAGAAAAAUCUUUUGCCAGAAGAUGAAGAGGCGUCUUGCAAAUACCUUUCUAGAUGCCUAAAGCUUUUGGAGCCAGCUAUUUUGAAGAGCCACAAAAUGAAUGAUCCAAGUAUUUUGACUUCAAAUAUAGAGACAGUGCUCCUUACUGUAUUGCUUUUAACGUCAUCAAACGCAUCCAAUAAGAAUCAAGACUGGCGACCACAUUUAAGGGGCGCCAAGGAUAUUUUAUUGAAGCAUUCUUCCUCGAAAUAUGAGAGGUACUCAAAAUUGAAAGAUUCGAAGGUGUUAGUAUUUUGCAAGUUUUGGUUUAUAUCACUCGAAAUUUUAGCUGGCCUUAGUUCGAAGCGCGGAGGAACCCUCAAAACUGAAGAGGAAUUAGAUCUAAUACUCAACCCAGGUAGUCUGAAUGAGAUCAGAGUUCUAAAAGAACUUGGACUUAUGAAAGACAAUGGCUUUAAUUUGCUAUGUGGGUUCCAUGGCUCGUGUGUUACCCAUUUGAGGGAUUUGAUAAAAUUAUUAAACAAAGCCAGAAACGAAAGAGAGAGGUACAUUCCUGAUACGUUUCAGUGUCUUCGACUUCUAUCAGAAUUUUAUAAGCAAGCUGAAAUCACUUUCAUUCAGGCAGGUGGGAUCGUUAAACUCUCUGAAUUUCAGAAUGGUAACCUUCCAAAGGGGCAGUUGCUUGAUAUUACGAUUUUGGAUAAUGAGAAAUAUGUUAUUAGCUGGAUGGAUACGUCACAUUUAUCGUACGUAUUGGCGUCUAUUAUUACGAUAUUCAGUAAAGGUUUUCAAAUGAGUUAUGACUCGCCUCAUGUACAGGCUGUGAGCUCAAAGCUAGUCUCUUUAAUUUCAUUUUUGGAAAAGAUCCAAGACACACCGCUGUUCAUAAAGAGCUCCAUGAUCAUCAUACAAUGGCCAAUGUUCGUUGCAGGUAUGAAUUGCAUAAAUGAAGAUCAAAAAUUCUUAAUUAUGAAACUUUUUAGGUUAUCCGCUCAAAUCGGAUCAGAAAGUGCUAUUCAUGCAUUGAAAAUGAUGAACAGGGCCUGGAAAAUACAUUCAAGUACCUCCUGUCAUAAAGAAGAGUCUGAUGCAAUUGAUGACGAUAUUGACAUCGUUACGUACUAA